AUGGCCAUUUUUAGCCACACAAAGAAAACUAUAGAAAAAGCAUUUGGCCGUAAAAUUUCUGAAAUCUUUGAGAAUUUUGAAGAAUUGCCUGUUGCAUCUGGAAGUAUUGCUCAAGUGUAUCGUGCUUCUUUAAAAUACCGUUACCCUGGUCAGCAAGCAAAGCCCAUGGUAGUUGCAGUGAAGGUCAGACAUCCUGGCGUGGGAGAAUCUAUUAGAAGAGAUUUUGCUAUUAUCAAUUUUGUGGCAAAAUCUUCAAACUUCAUCCCUGCACUUAAUUGGUUAAGGUUGGAUGAAAGUGUUCAGCAGUUUGCAGUUUUCAUGAUGUCUCAAGUUGACCUUGCAAGAGAAGCUGCUCAUUUGAACCGCUUUAUUUACAAUUUCCGUCAAUGGAGGGAUGUGUCUUUCCCAAAGCCUGUUUAUCCACUUGUGCAUCCUGCAGUUUUAGUGGAAACAUAUGAGAAUGGAGAAAGUGUCUCACAUUAUGUUGAUGAGCUUCAAGGACACGAACGGAUUAAAAGUGCUCUUGCUCAUAUUGGUAGUCAUGCACUUUUAAAGAUGCUUCUGGUGGACAACUUCAUUCAUGCAGACAUGCAUCCUGGAAAUAUCCUUGUUCGGGUGCCUCGGAGCAAGGAUCGCAAACAGUUCUUCAAAUCAAAGCCCCAUGUAAUUUUCCUUGACGUAGGUAUGACUGCUGAGCUCUCUGGUAGCGAUCGAGUAAAUUUAUUGGAAUUUUUCAAAGCUGUUGCACACAGAGAUGGUCGGACUGCUGCUGAGUGCACACUCAGGCUGUCAAAGGAACAGAACAACCCCACCGAUUCUCGGAACCUUUUUGCAGAUCUGAACCCAUUCUUGAUAAAAGGGACUGGGAAGUCCUCCGUGCACAACAAACCUGCGGAAAAUAAACCUCCUGAGCACGAAUCCAAACCGUAG